UGAUCGGCAAUUUGUGUAGCGCAUGAUUAUUUCUGUUAUUGUUGUAUUAUUGAUCAAUUUUUAACAGAAAACUCACACAAAACCAAAACUGACCAACUCGAACACUCCCCGAGAAUCUGUGGAAAUGAGUUUCAAGUAUGAAUGUGCCGACUUCUCGCAGUUCCAGGAGCAGUUGAAAAAGAUGCGUGAUCUUGAUGACAAAAUUAUCUACGCACUGAACACAUCCAUACCGACGGAAUCGUUCAAAGGUCAGGUGGACGCUGAAGCGAAGUGCCGUGAGUUGCAUGGUCAGCUUGAAUCAGGCUACGGCCACCGGCAAGACGCGAUAAAGAAAUGUAUUGUCGUGUGCGCCGAUACCGUCAAAACGCUGAAAGACAAACGCGAGGACAACAAGGACGACGUGGCGCUGAACAAACAGUUCAAAACGGAACAACGGAAACUUCGAUUACUGCAAGCGGAACUAAGCGUGGAGGAUAUUAUUCGGGAACGAACGCAGAAAACGUUCCGUGAACGUUGUAGGCUAUUUUUCCGUUUUGAUUCACUCUAAAGCACGGGGAGCCUUUCGAGAAGGCUGUACAGCAACGUCACAAAUGCAGUGCUAGAUUUUCGGAGCAACCGAUUCGGAAAGCAUAGUAGCAUUUAUACGCGAGCAGCGCAUUUAAUGGUAGGGUGUGGUAAAAACUGUGCGUGACUUACUGUCGUGGUGGUUUUACCGAUGUUUUACAAAGAUUUUAGUAGUUUAUCCGGAUCGUACGAAGUGAUCUUACGGGCGAACCAAUAUCACUCAACUCAGCAAAAAUGUUAUAGAGUGUUGUUUACUGUAGUAAAGUGUAACAAGUUGUCGAAAUAUGCCGAAAGAGCUUACGACGAACUAAUUCACCGUUUAGUGAUGAUCUGGAAAGAACAGUUGCCGCUUUCGAUCCGAUCCCCGAUUUGUGUACAAAUUGUGGCUUGUAAGCUACCUUGCACACAAGUUUGGUCGUAUUGCAUGCAGUAUUGUGUCUUGCACGUGUCGCAAUGUAUACAAAAGUUGACAAAUCUCUCAAGGGUUUACGGAGUUUUGAAAUGAUAAAUGAAUCCAAAACGAUGUUCCUUUAUAAACCUAAUCGAAAUUUUUACAACUUCGAAUCUGGGUCGAAUAAGUAAAUGUAACAAUAAUUUUCAGGACAUUUUCGGCCCCAUCAGCACUUUGAUUGGUUGUUUAUUGUAAUUAUCAUAUAAAAAUU